UUUGACAGGAUGGCAGACGGCCAUUUGCUCGGCCUGGGUCUCUGAAAUCUACUCAGGAUUAUGCUGUUGAACCCAACUGCCCUUGAGAUUACCUUGCGUUACUCGACCUCAUACCUAUACCAGACCGCUCCUCUCCUCGGUAGUCCUUGUUAUUCCUUUCUUGGUAAUUAUGGCGGCAUCAAACCCUCAAACGGGUCUUUCGCCCAAUGCAUGGGAUAGCCAUAUGCACAUCGUUGAUCCCGACCGUUACCCGCUAGCCCCAGACGCGCAAUACAAGCCUCAAACCCACACUCUCUCGGAAGCCAUGGAGUUCGAAUCUAGUGUCGGCAUCUCUAACAUUGUUCUCGUCCAACCAUCUAUAUACGGGUAUGACAACUCCUGUUUACUAGAAGGACUACGUGAAAUUGGGCCUCAACAUGGCAGGGGAAUCGUCACUAUUGAUCCACAGAGUAUCCGGCCUGAGAAGCUCUUGGAAUGGCAUCGGCUGGGAGUCUGUGGCGUACGGCUCAACCUCCAGUCAGUCGACAAGCAAUUGACCCCCGAGGAACUAGCAGAAUCUGUCCGCCAGCACGCGCGAGCGAUUUUUCAUCUCAACUGGGUUCUGCAAUUAUACAUCCCGCUCAGCAGCGUCCCGGCCCUACUGAGCGUUGUUCCUGAUUUAGGCGUGCGCAUCUGCUUUGACCACUUCUCCAGCCCGGCGUUACCGUCUACGGAUGUGGAUCCUGCGUCAUUUGAUCCUUACUCGCUGUCAGGCUUCAGUGAACUUGUGUCCCUUCUCAGACAGGGGAGGACUUACGUCAAAAUAUCGGCGCCAUAUCGGCUAGGUGAUGACCCGGAACUGAAGUUUCUAGGUGUUAUAGCAAAGGAACUGCUGCGGGUUGCCCCGGAAAGGUUGGUGUUUGCAACUGACUGGCCGCAUACGAGGUUUGAAGGGCUGGAUAUCAAACCAUUUAUUGCAAAGUGUCUUCACUGGUGUGGAGGGAAUACAGAGCUCGUUCAUAAGCUGUUUCGUCGGAAUGCUGAAGAGCUUUGGGAACUGUGAGAAGUAUUAAGAAAAAUUAAAACACAUAGGUAGUCUACAUCAACUUUACCCCUUGCAUCACUUGGAGGCAUUGUUUCUCACAGUGGACACUACAAGUAACUUUGA